AUGUCUUUAUCGAUCGGAGACUUGGAAGAUGAAAUUCAAGAAUUUAAAAUUGAUAAAGAGGCUUUGGAGUUUGGUGAGACGAUAGGAAAGGGCGGAUUUGGCUUUGUCAGCAAAGGAACAUACGAAGGAGAAGUAUGUGCCAUUAAACAACUCUUCAUUCCGGAAAAUGCUCGUACACCUCGAAGUCGAAUCGGUCUUUCAAGCAUUGCUUCCGAAGAUGACGAAUUAUGGCGAGAGACUUUGAAUGAAAUUGCAGUCAUGCUUCGAGUUCAACAUGCAAAUAUUUUGAAUUUAUAUGGAUGGAGUACAGAUCCAAAUUGUGUUUAUUUGGUCAUGGAAUUUAUGCCAUUUUCACUUCACAAAAUUUUGGAGACCACUCUCCCCGAAUACGAUUAUGAACCAUUAAUGAAGUCACAAAAACAAAAUUUAUCACAAUUAGCACCCAUGGAAGAUGAGUCAGCGGGUGAAAGUUUUCUCAGCAAACAAUCAAAAUUUGAGUCAAAACAAAAAACAACUUCUACUACAUUACAAAAGAAACCAGUUUUACAAGGAUCGGCGCUUGUGGAUGAUCAGGAAGAAGCAGAUCGGUAUCAAAAGUUUUUACAGAGACAACCCAUAUUGAGUAAUGAGAUGAAACUUCAAAUUGCGAUUGAUAUUGCUGAAGGAAUGCAUCAUCUUCAUUCAAGACCAAAACCUAUCAUUCAUCGAGAUUUGAAAUCUCACAAUGUUUUGCUUGACAAGAAUUUAACAUCAAAAAUUUCGGAUUUUGGAUUUUCUACCAUGAGAAAUCGAAAUUCAGGAGUUUCAGGAAUGAAAGGCACUUCGGGAUGGAUGGCUCCUGAAAUGUUUUCAUCGGCUGCUUCCUCCGGUGAAAAAGCUGAUGUCUAUAGUUUUGGAAUGGUCAUGUACGAAUUGGUGACACAUUUAAUACCAUUUCAUGAUGUUUCUAAUCCCUUUGCUGUGGCUUCUCAUGUCAUUAGUGGAAUGCGACCCAAGAUUGACAAACAAGACGAGUUGGCCAAGUCCUCUCCCAUUCUCGAAUGUUUCAUCAAACUUGUUUCCAUUUGUUGUUUACAGGAUCCUGACGAACGGCCUACAUUUGCUGACAUUCUCAAUGAAUUGAGAAGUAUACCACUGAAUAAUUCUUUAAAAUUAACAGUCGAUGUGAAUGGAAGUGAAGACUAUGACUCGAUUCAAAAAGCCAUUAAUGCCAUUCCUCCUGACAUUACUACUCUCAAACCCAAACGACCCAUUCCAUCAUCUCAGAGUUCAAUCACAAAAACACUUUCUGCUGCCAGCAUGUCUGGUUUCACAUUAGGUAAUUCGUCUCUCAAAAAAACAACAAGUUUCUUACAUAAUAGUAAUGUAACGAAUAAGAAUUUGGAUUUGGAGGAUAGUACCACGUCAGUAUCAUCUCCCUCAAGCGAUGAUGAUGGACGCAAUACAAGUGGUGGUGUCAUUCUGGGAACCAACAACCCAGUGCAUUCGGGUGAUUUUUCAGAGCAACGUCUCUUGAUGCAGAAAUUUAAUUUACCAUUCACAACUCGACCUUCAGAUGGCAGAAAAAUUAUCAAACCUACACGACCAUUGACAACACCUGUCAUUAAGAUUAAGCCAGGAAUUUAUCGAGAACAAGUCAUUAUUGAUCGAAGUGUUGUGUUAAAAGGAAUGUCGGAAGGAAAGUCACAUGUCAUUCUGUACAAACCAAAGGAUGUGAAUGAGGUGAUUAUUUUUGAUAAUGUGAGAUAUUCGAAAAUUAGAAAUAUCAUUGUUUACAACUCGGAAUACAAACCUCAACAACCUGGGGCGCAUACAAGAGUUCCUUCGAAACAUCCACUUGGAGUGGUCGUGUUGAGAGGAUCGAAAUGUGACAGCACCAUUGAACAAUGCACUUUUAAGGGUGUGACACUGGAGAUUUGUGAUAAGGCAGAUCCAACCAUUACAGGCAACACAAUUCGUGACUCGCCUCAAUCCGGAAUUCACAUUCAUUCAGAUUCUCAUGGAACCAUCACAGAGAAUGACAUUUUUGGAAAUUUAGAAGCAAACAUCUUGAUCGAGAGAGGAGGAAAUCCAGUCAUUGAGAAUAAUCAAAUUCAUGAUGGACAUCAAGAAGGUAUUCGAAUCGUGGAAGGUGGAUUGGGAAAUAUUGUAAAUAACAACAUUUAUAGCAAUAUGGGAUCCAAUGUUUAUAUAGGAACAGGAGCCGAUCCUCUCAUUGUCCUGAAUAAGAUUCUUUCAAGUGAACAGAGAGGUAUAGAAAUUGCAGCACUUGCCAAAGGAAAAUGCAGAAAAAAUCGAUUGAGUGGCAACAAGAAGGAUCCUCAAAUAUUAAUUUCAGAAACUGCAAAAACGAUUUUAAAAGACAAUGAAAUCAAAACCAACACACAGAAUAGUUCUACUUCUCCCGUUUCCAUGAAGGCCUCUCCCACGAAAUCUCCCACACUUUCUGGAUCUCCCUCAUACACCUCGUCACCGAUUCGAAUGGCCACCAUUCAACAACCACCUUCGCAUACGGUUCACGUUCAACAACAGAAACAGCAAACACAAGGUCAGAGAUUAUCAUCUUCAUUGCCAGUCUCGUCGUCAUUAUCUUCAGCGUCUAUUGCUUCUCGUAGCACGGGAGUAUCCUCAGCAUUGAAUGUUCAAUCAAGCAAGUCCAAUAUGCAACAACAGCAAUCACCGACCAUCCAAUCCAAUCCAUCAACAAUGACGACAGCAACGACUGGAAAUUAUUUGAACAAGUCAACAUUAUCUACCAAGUCAUUGACGUCAUCCUCUCAAACAUCACCACCUCAAGUGACUGCAUUGAAUCUCAGCUCGCUCAAUUCUUCUUCAGGAAAUUCCAUUUCGAAUAAUAGUUCAAAUGCUCCUCCUCAACGCACCUCACCACUUUCUGUACAAUCCUCUGUGAAUAAUAGAAACACGACAUUGUUGAAAUCCAACCUUAAUAAAUAA